AUGCUGAAGUUUUUACAGUUUAGGUUAAUGCACUUUGAAAUUUACAGAAUUUUGACUAUCCCAAAAUUUAAAAUUUUUAACCCUUUUUAUUUAAGUUCUGUUAAGAAGAAGAAUUACAAAUAUAUUUGGAAAAUUCAAAAAAGCUAUUUUGGUUUAAAAAUGCAUUAA